AUGUUCUCUAAGAUUUUCAAGGUGUCACGGUAUAAACAUUGUGGUAAAGGAAAGGAUUCAACAGUUGGGCUGAGGUCACUGGAUAAAAGUGUACCACCUAGGUGUCAGUCAAUCAGCGUGCGGCGUACAAGUGUCCCCAGCCUGCCCAGUGUACUAAACGCUGUUUUUAUUGUUUUAGUGGCGGCGGCAGGGGGGGUGGUUAUAAUAAAGGGCUUUGGAAGUGGAGGUGGCUUCGGAGGAGACCGAGGGGGUGGAAGUGAUAUGGUCACGCAAGAAGACACUGUGUUCAUUCAAGGCAUGAACCCCUCAACAACUGAAGAUGAAUUAUGCCAACACUUUGGAGCUAUCGGCAUUAUCAAGACUGAUAAAAAGACUCAACGUCCUAAAGUUUGGAUGUAUAAAGAUAAAGCGACCGGUCAGCCCAAAGGCGAAGCAACCGUGACCUAUGAGGAUUCCAAUGCUGCCUCAUCGGCAAUUCAGUGGUUUGACGGAAAAGAUUUUAACGGAGCAACCAUCAAAGUUUCACUCGCUCAAAGGCAAAAUACUUGGGGCGGCGGUAAAGGUGGUGGCGGCGGCGGUUUUCGAGGUGGACGAGGUGGUGGAGGCGGUGGACGCGGUGGUGGAGGCGGCGGUCGGGGAGGCGGCGGCGGCGGCGGUGGCGGUGGUGGGGGAGGACCUCCUUCUGGAAAUCGCGAUGGUGACUGGAGAUGUUCCAAUACCAGCUGCGGAAACACCAAUUUUUCGUGGAGAAAGAAUUGCAACCGUUGCAAUGAGCCGAAGCCUGGCGGUGGCGGUGGAGGCGGUGGCCCGCCUUCAGGAGGUGGUGGAGGCGGCGGUCGCAGUGGUGGCGGAGGACCUCCGAGAGGUGGAGGUGGUCGCGGUGGACGUGGCGGCGGCGGAUGGGGUGGUGGCGGCGGCGGACGAGGAGACCGCGGUGGUGACCGGGGCGGAGACCGCAGAGGAUACGGCGGCGGCGGCGGUGGCGGCGGUGGUGGUGGUGGGGACCGUGGUAGCGGCGGUGCUAUGAGAGGAGAUGGCGGAGUGUUUCUAAGUGCACCUUGUAAUAUAGUGAACAACGAUUACGGCAGCAGGGAACCUAUGAAGAAUACAAUUUCAUAUAAUAUUUGUCUCAAUAGCAACUUUUUCAGGAAACUGCCAUUGAAGUGGGGCGGAGGUUUACUGUAG